AUGCCUCAAGACCCCGCGACUAUCCUCGCCGCCGUUUUGCGCGCUGCAACAAUCGACGACCAUGAAGAGGUGCUCAAGGCCGCCAAUGCUGCCAUCAAGGCCAACCGCGCCGACGAGGACGCCCAACACACCCGUGUAGUUGCCCUGCUCAAGCUCGACCGAUUCGACGACGCCGUCCGAGCCAUAUCCGAAGGCGGAGUCAAGAUCGAGUCUCGAUGCGCCCUCGAGAAGGCGUACGCCCUCUACAAGCUUGGCCAGCUCGACGAAGCCGCCGCCCACCUCAAAUCCUUCGGCCUGGGGAAGCGCAGCUUCAGCCAUGUCGCCUCGCAGGUUGCUUACCGCGCCGAGAGAUUCGGCGAGGCCGAGCUCAUCUACAGGCGGCUGCUCACCGACGGUGAUGCAUCUCAGGAGGAAAACGACCUCCAAAUCAACCUGAGGGCGACAUUGGCCCAGGCUGAGUGGCAGGGAACCUCGACUGCCGCCAGCUCGACUACCGACCCCGCACAGGACACCUUUGAGCUGUGCUAUAAUGUUGCGUGCUCGCACAUUGCCAAGGGAUCUCUCGAAACGGCCGCAACCUUGCUCCAGCGCGCCGCCAAGCUGUGCGAUGCGUCCGAGGACUUGACCGAAGACGACAAGAAGGCUGAGUUGAAGCCCAUUCUUGCCCAGCAGGCAUACGUCCACGCCAAGCUUGGAAACACCCAGCGGGCAUUGGACCUGUACCGGUCGCUGGACGUCGAUGAUGAUGCGGAUCCCGACUUUGUCAUUGUGGCACAAAACAACAAGUCUGCGCUGGAGGCGAGGCCGUCCAACCCAUACCUUCUCCAACGCCAAGCUGCUACGUGGAUGUCCGGCGCUACCAACGCCAAACUAUUCAGUUAUCAAUCCGGCGUACUGGCCAGGAAUCAGUCUGUCGUUGACAUCCUGGCGCAAAAGAGCGACGGAGUGCGAGAAAGGACACGCAAGAUACUGGACCAAGCGCACCAGCCUACGACACGACAGGACGUCAACUCUACUGCAGCCAUCAAUGCCGCAGCCGAGACCCAGGGUGUUCCCGACAAGGAGGUUCUCCGAGAACUGGCGUCCCUAUCCAAGAGACACCCAAACAACGUUGGUCUCGUGCUCAUCACGGUCCAACUGCACCUGAAGCGCAAGAACCACGGCGCAGCGUUGUCGGCGUUAGAGUCUUUCUUCGUUCGACUCAACCAGAGCGACGACGACCAGGAUCGAGAAGUCCGGUUCAGUCCUGGUCUGGUUGCCCUGGCAGUGUCCCUUAUGCGCGCCCAAGGCAGGGACGCUUCUGCCAAGUCAGAGCUGGUCAAGGCCGCCACAUACUGGCGAGAUCGCCCUGUUGGCGCGUCAUCUUCGCUUCUAAGAGAAGCUGGUGUGGAACUAUCCAAGUCAUCUAAUGCGGACGACCUGUCGCUCGCCGCUGCAGCCUUCCAGAGACUCUACAUGGAGAACAAAGACCACCCCGUGGUCACAGCCGGUUUGGUCGCCUCUUUGGCUGCAUCUGAUGUAGCCAAGGUCGAACGCUACGCCGCUGAACUGCCCCCAGUCGAGACCCUCGUCGACGGGAUAGAUACCGAAGCGCUCGUCCGAGCUGGGGUUGCAGGGGCUUCCAGCACCGCCGCGCCCGUCAAGAAGAGACCAGCGACGGAGGAAGCUGGCGACGAAAAGGCGGCCAAGAGGCGCCGAAGGAGGAGGCUCCCCAAGAACUACGUCGAAGGCAAGGCUCCCGAUCCGGAGCGAUGGCUGCCCCUCCGAGACCGCUCGUCAUACCGGCCCAAAGGCAAAAAGGGAAAGAAGAAGGCUGGUGAGUCAACGCAGGGCGGAAUAGUCAAGGAGGAGGAGACGCUGGACCUCGUUGGUGGGGGCGGUGUCAAGGUGGAGAAGGCGUCUGCUUCAAACCCAUCCAAGAAGAAGAAGAAGGGCAAGAAAUAG